AUGGACGGGGCGCCGCGCGUGGCCGCGGAGGUCGACGCGCAGCUCGCGCUAGCGCCCGGACGCGCGCCGGACGCGGCGGACGUCGAGCGGGCGCUGGCAUCCGUGCAUGCAAAGCUUGCGGAGAACCGCAGCGCGGCCGCGGCGCUGCAAAAGAGGGUCGCGUCGGGCGGCGCUCUCCACGAUACCCAGCAGCGCGAUGCGCGGCUCGAGACGCUCCUUGCGACGCUCGGGCGCCUCGAGGAGCAUGCGACCCGCGCGGAAGGAAGCGUCGGCGAAAUUACCGCCGAAAUCCGGUGGCUCGAUAUGGCGAAACGCAACGUAGGCCAGAGCAUCGUCACACUCAAGCGCCUACAGAUGCUCGUCAGCUCGACCUUCCAUCUCGAGCAGCUGCUCUCUGCGGAGCAGUACAAGGAGGCGGCGUCCACGCUGCAGGCGGUGCAGGCGCUCCUCGAGUUCUUUGCGCCGUACGGCGACGUGGAGUACAUUGCACAGCAGCGCCGCCAGGUCCAGGGACUGCGCGAGCAGCUCAAGGGCAUGGUGCUCAAGGAAUACGAGACCGCCUUUCAGCAGGCGCGUGCGCGCUGGGAUGCGAGCGAGUCGGUCCUGCCGGACGCGGCGCUCGCGGUCGAAGCGCUGGGACACGAAACGCGCACGACGCUCAUCGACUGGUACUGCGCGCGCCAGCUGCGCGAGUACCGCCGCGUGUUUCGCGCAGUGGACGAGGCGGGGCAGCUCGACAAUGUCGCACGGCGGUACGCGUGGAUCCGGCGCGUGCUGCGCACGUUUGCCGAAGAACACGGCGCGGCGUUCCUCAAGGAGUGGCACGUCGACCAGCGCCUCCUCUCGCUCUUUGCCGAGAUCACGCGCGACGACCUGCGCAGCGUGCUCGUGCGCCAGCAGCCGCGCCUCGAUGCGGACCUGCUCCUCGCCGCGCUGAACGCCACGAACGAGUUCGAGGGGCAAGUCGCACGGCAGUACGCCAAGCCGUUUGCGGACGUCGUUGGCGCACACCGCACCGCCGCAGCAUCUGGCGCGCUGACCAUCACCUCGGCCUUUGCGCCGUACCUCGGCGUGUUUGUCGAGUCGCAGGAGAAGCGCCUGAACGACAUGCUCGCCGAGUUUGCCCAGGCGCCGGGCACCGCACGCGAGGCGGGCGCGGGCUCGUUCGAGGCCCAGGUCGCGAACCACGCCGAGGAGCCGAUGAAGGUCUUGCUCUCGUCCACCGAGCUCUUUUGGUUCUACCGCCAGACGCUCGAACGGUGCGCACAGCUCGGCGACCAGGCGCCGUUCAAGGAAUUAGGUGCCAUGUACCAGCGCGGCCUUCGGCGGUACGUCGCCGAGGUCUUGCAGCCGGCGCUGAGCGCGCGCUCGCCGGAGCUCGAGGCGCAGGUGCGUGGCUACGCCCUGGCCUUGAACACAGCCGACUACUGCGCGACGACCUGCACGCAGCUCGAGCAGAAGCUUGCCGAGAAGCUCAAGACGGACGCGGGGGACGUCUCGCUCGAGGGCGAGCGCGAGGCGUUCUUUGGCGUGAUGGCCGCUGCGCUGCAGCACCUGUCGCGCGCUUUGUAUACUAGUACCGACGCACCGUUCCAGCAGAUGCUCCGCCCCGAGUCGCCCUGGGCGCAGCACGAGCACCUCGGCGAAAAGUCGGCGUACGUCGACGGCCUCGCGAGCGGCAUGGAGCAGGUCGGCGUGAUUGUGCGCCACGAGGUCGAGAACAAGCGGUUCCUGCGCAGCUGGUGCGACAAGGCCGCCACGACGAUCCUCACGCGCUUUAUCCAGACCGCGCUGCGCCUGCGCCCGAUGCGCCAAAACGUCGCGGCGCAGCUCGAGACGGACCUGGGGCAGAUCGCCAGUCUCCUGCGCGAAUUGCCGCACUUUGGCGCACACGGCGCGUGGGCGGGCGUGCCGAAUACCGCGUCGAUCCAGAGCGCGUACGAGCGGCACAUUGACAAGGGCGCCGCGCGCAUCGCGCCGCUCCUUGCGGUCCUCGCCUCGACUCCGGACGAGGCCCCGCCGAUCCCGCGGCUCGUGCAGACCUAUCGCACCCAAGUCAAGGAUCAGUCGCUCGCCAACUUCCAAAAGGUGCUCGACCUGAAGGGCAUCCGGCGCCUCGACCAGAACCCGUUCGUGGAAGAGUUCCUUGCGGCAAUCGACCGCGAGCCAGAGCCGCUGCCGACAACCUCGCCGCUGUCGUCGCUCCCUCUUGACCCCAACGCGGAGGCGUAUGCGCCGCCGGAUACGCCGGGCGAGCGCCGGCCGCGCGACGAGGCAGAGGAGUUCGCACUCCCUUCGACAGGGCCCGCGACGCCGACCAACGCGCGCCUCCCGGACUGGAAACGGUUCGGCAGCAUGCUAGGCGCGGCACUCGGCCGCGAAUGGCGUCCAUAG